UCAGAAAUUCUGCUUGUAAUCGUUGAAACUGAAUUUUGUGGAACGGCAAAUAAAGCCGUUUGUUAUCGAAAAAAUGCCGGACCAUUUGGGAGACGAUAUGCGGAAAACGAAGCAGGAUAAGGAGGAACCCGAGAAGGAAAUUAAAUCUCUUGAUGAGGGUGAUAUUGCACUUUUGAAGACAUAUGGACAAGGGCAAUACACUAAAACUAUAAAAGUCGUUGAAGAUGACAUUCAAACAAUAAUAAAGAGAGUAAAUGAGCUGACAGGAAUUAAAGAAUCAGAUACUGGUUUGGCUCCUCCGGCUCUUUGGGAUUUAGCAGCUGAUAAACAAACAUUGCAGAAUGAGCAGCCAUUGCAGGUUGCCAGAUGUACCAAAAUUAUCAAUGCUGAUACAGACGAUCCCAAAUACAUUAUUAAUGUUAAACAAUUUGCAAAGUUUGUGGUGGAUUUGGCCGAUUCUGUUGCCCCCACUGAUAUUGAGGAAGGAAUGAGGGUUGGUGUUGAUAGGAAUAAAUAUCAAAUUCAUAUUCCUUUGCCACCCAAAAUAGACCCCACAGUAACAAUGAUGCAGGUGGAAGAAAAGCCUGAUGUUACUUAUAGUGAUGUGGGCGGUUGUAAGGAGCAAAUUGAGAAAUUAAGGGAAGUUGUUGAGACUCCAUUGUUGCAUCCGGAAAAAUUCGUGAAGCUGGGGAUCGAGCCGCCGAAGGGAGUUUUGCUUUUCGGCCCCCCCGGUACCGGUAAGACUCUAUGCGCGCGCGCUGUUGCCAACCGCACCGACGCCUGUUUUAUCCGCGUGAUCGGUUCGGAAUUGGUUCAAAAGUACGUCGGUGAGGGCGCUCGCAUGGUCAGGGAGCUUUUCGAGAUGGCCAGGUCCAAAAAGGCCUGCCUGAUUUUCUUCGACGAGAUCGAUGCUAUCGGAGGUGCCAGAUUCGACGACGGUGCCGGCGGCGACAACGAGGUCCAACGUACCAUGUUGGAGCUCAUCAACCAGCUGGACGGUUUCGACCCUCGCGGCAACAUCAAAGUGCUCAUGGCCACCAACAGACCGGACACAUUGGACCCCGCCCUCAUGCGUCCCGGACGUCUGGAUCGUAAGGUUGAAUUUGGGCUUCCAGACUUGGAGGGGCGCUCGCAUAUUUUCAAAAUCCACGCCAGAUCUAUGUCCGUGGAGAGGGACAUUCGGUUCGAACUGUUGGCAAGACUGUGCCCCAACUCUACCGGCGCGGAAAUCAGGUCCGUCUGUACUGAAGCUGGCAUGUUUGCUAUAAGAGCAAGAAGGAAGGUGGCAACUGAAAAAGACUUUUUGGAAGCCGUUAACAAAGUCAUCAAGUCUUACGCCAAAUUCUCGGCAACCCCGCGCUAUAUGACUUAUAACUAAAAAAUUAUGCUUUAUGAUUUAGGUAUUAAUAUAUCUUUUUUUGUAUUUAAACGAAUAAAAAAAAUUAAAAGAAGA